AUGGUGAAACAGACGAUUCAGAUAUUUGCUCGUGUGAAGCCCACCAAGAAAACGUCGGCGGUGUACUCUGUGGACAACGAAGAGCAGACCGGGGCUUCUUUGGAGUUUGUGGUGCCUAAAGACCUCACAGAUGGCUUCAUUAACAACAAGAAAGAGAAUUACAAGUUCAGAUUCCAAAAGGUGUUUGAUCAAAUAGUCAAACAAGAGGAGAUCUUUGAAACCAUCGCCAAGCCAGUUGCAGACAGUGUGUUGGCAGGAUACAAUGGCACCAUCUUUGCUUAUGGCCAGACGGGAAGUGGGAAGACUUUUGUCAUCACGGGAGGGGCAGAACACUACAGUGAUCGUGGUAUCAUACCUCGCACCCUCUCCUACAUAUACCAGCGCUUCAGUCAGGAUAGCAGUAUGGUAUAUACCACCCACAUCUCUUAUCUGGAGAUCUACAAUGAGGUGGGCUAUGACCUUCUGGACCCCCGUCAUGAAGCAUCUAAUUUGGAGGAUCUGCCUAAGGUAACAAUUAUGGAGGAUCCAGACCAGAACAUCCACCUCAGGAAUCUGUCACUUCAACAGGCUGCAAAUGAAGAGGAGGCACUCAGUCUGCUCUUUCUGGGCGAUACCAAUCGAGUGAUUGCAGAAACACCCAUGAACCAAGCCUCCACACGGUCUCACUGUAUUUUUACGGUGCAUCUGUGCACACGUGAACCAGGCUCUGCAACCCUCCGACGCUCCAAGCUUCACCUGGUGGACCUGGCCGGUUCAGAGAGGGUGGGAAAGACAGGUGUUGGUGGACAGCUACUCACCGAGGCCAAGUACAUCAACCUCUCCUUGCACUAUCUGGAGCAGGUCAUCAUAGCUCUGUCAGAGAAGAACCGCUCCCACAUCCCCUACAGGAACUCCAUGAUGACCUCUGUGCUGAGGGACAGCCUGGGGGGCAACUGCAUGACCACCAUGAUCGCCACCAUCUCGGUGGAUAAGCGGAACCUUGAAGAAUCCAUCUCUACGUGUCGCUUUGCCCAGCGUGUGGCCCUGAUCAAGAACGAGGCUGUGAUGAAUGAGGAACUGGAUCCAGCUUUGCUGAUAGCGGGUCUAAGGAGGGAGAUUCAGUCUCUGAAGGAAGAGCUCUCCAUGGUGACAGGAGAGCAGAGAGGGGACCGGCUAACUGAGGAGGAGAUCCAGAAAUUGGAGGAGCUAGUUAAGGCCUUUCUGGAUGACCCUGAUCCUGAGGUGACACUGGCGUUGGGACCGGACUUGAGAAAGAUCAACCACUGUUUCUCCUUGCUGAAGGCGAUGAUCCGGGAGCGGCUGGCCAGCUGUCAUGGGCGAGGUGGAGGCCAAGUGUCACCAUCAGGGGCAGUGAGGCAAACAGAAAACCAAGAUAGCCCCAGACCAGCGGACGUGAGCAAACUGAAGGAGAUGCUAGCGCAGCGUGAUAAUGAGAUGAGUGUCCUUGUUGGUAUGCUGAAGAAGGAGAAGAAGAGGACCCAGGAUGCCCUUGCUCACCUAGCUAGCAUACCUAAUAGCCACAGCCUACCCUCCCAAUGUGCCCUGAGUUCAUCUGCUGUGUCACCUACAAAGGAUGAAAACACCAACAGCCUCCCUGAUAACCAGGGAAGGACAACUACACUGUACAGAAAAAGAGGUCCACUGAUGUCCCUCGGGAAGCGAGAGGCGUUUGAGAUUUUCAGGAGAGACCACGAGGACAGUUUAACUAUCGAGGACAACAAAGCUGUACUCAAACAGAGGUUUGCUGAGGCCAAAGCGCUUGGGGAGCAAGUGAACAUGGCCAGAACCAAAGUCAAUGAGUUAAAGAAGCAAUUGGAGAUUCGUAGGAGGCAGAAAGCAGCUCAUGGUAUAAUGGGGAAUUACACAGAGGUAGAAAAGACGGACGGUGUUGAAGAAAACCUAUGCAAACAGAUCGAGGAGGAAAAAAAGACUUACAAGAGCACCUUUGGGUGUCUGAAGGCGUUGAGGACAGAGAUUGAACAUCUGCAGCUGUUGUUGGAGAGGGCAAAGCUCAAACUGCAGAAAGACUUCCAGCAGUGGUGGAAUCAGGAGACUUGCGGUCUUCAGGUAUCAGAGUCAGAGGCCACAUUCACAUGUACACCAGCAUGGCCAAGCCAGAACUUGCGGCUCCCUUCGCCUGGCACUCAGGGAAACGGCACACCUAGUGGGAAUACUGUAGUGAGAGACCUGUCAAUACGAAGAGAUGCAGACCAAGAAGUCUCCCCUCCCUCGGCACAUGACCUCAGGAGCUUUGUGCCCAGAAGCUUGCCUACCUGGACAACUGUUGAUAUGCCACCAGACAGGAAAGAGGCUACUGCCUUCACACCUUUAUCAGAGAUGAGUAUGUUGUGUGUACAUUUCAGGCCCCUCUCCAACUCUGAGCUCUCAUCUUCCUCCAUUCCCCUGACUGGCGACCAGCAGACAGAUGCAGACAUCCUGGCCUUUGUCAGAGCCAGGCAAAACCUGCUCACCAGAACAGUCAAAGAGGAUUCAUCUCAAGUUACAUGGAGUGGGAACUCAGGUGGGGCAGGAAAGCCCUCCCGUCAGUUGUUUGGAAACCUCAUCAGGGGAGAUCCCUGUUAG